AUGAAGGCGCCCCCCGCAUUAGGUGACGAGGAGAUUGUUUUGCGCCCGCACGUGGGGGACAUACGCGCUCUGCUCGAUCCAGCUGCGACAGCUGACAAUAUUUGUUCCUUUCUAGCCAAGGUUGCGCGAUACACUAGCGAUCAGCUCGAAGCGCACUUAAUUCACUUAGCCCCACUCGACGGCUCGGAAACCCUGUUUAGGCUAGUCCCAGGUAAAGUUUGGCGAGAAUGUAGUGCUGCGUUAUUGUACCCGAUAGACGUAUUAUAUAAUGCAUCUCAACAGGCAUGCGAACUCCGCACUAGGCCUUUGGAUAUUUGCAAUAUGGUUAACGGAUAUUAAAAUAUAGAUAAUUAGUUGACGUCAGUGAACAAUGUAAGCAUGCGAGCUCAAUGCAAACUGCCCUUAAAACGAACUUCUAUUUGUAAAAGUGAAACGAAAAGCGUUGACAAAACUUAACUAGGGAUCCAAGGAUAGUGUGGAUCAAAACUUGUAACGGAAGUGUGUAGCUCAGCAGUUCGUAGUGAAAACGGAAAAAAAUUCACGCUCUUUGAUAAAAGUUUCAAGAAUUUUAUUUCGAUUUUUACGUGUUGUAUCAUAAAUAUAUAUUUCUCAAAUUAUUUGAAAACUGUGGUUUUUCGUAAUUGUUUGUCACAAAAGUCAAAUAAUGGAAACAAGUUAGGAAUAAUGGACAAAUCAUGCGGCCAGUUCUAGGAGACGCGGGCGGAGGACGGGAAACUAAAGUCUAAUUUGGAGUGGCCUUAUAGCAGUGUUUAAUCAAAGCAGUUUUGAAACAAAUUUAUUCUCGUAUAAAGAUCUGGUACAGUUAUCGUUGCACUGAAUUGAACACGAGUUUGCACCGUUGUGCUAGACAGUAAACAAGCCAACAAGGUCCGUGACGGUACACGUUGGCUUGCUUUUUUCUUCUAUUGCAUAGAGCUUGUUGGCGAGCCAAGCGAUUGGCGAUAACACGUUGGCUAUCUCCUCGUCUUUCUUGUUUAAAAAAAGAGCUCUGACUCAACUGAUUCUUUAGUCUCGCAAGUGAUUUUCUUCGUACAAACACCGGUACAAACACCCGCUUCUGUUUAAAUGGUAAUUUUUACGAGUACAAAUUAUUGUUAAUGGACGAUACUCAAUGCGCUAGACCUAAAAAUUAUAGAUUUAAAAUGUCUAUGUUAAGCCAACUCGAAAGCUACUAUUGUCUAAACAAAGGAAGACUCUAUCACAGACUUUCAUUAUUUGCUUGCCAAACCCGUAGGCUACUGCACCCAGUAUCGUUUAUUAAUUAUUGUCCAAACCACUAUGUUUGACCUAUUCAUAACUAUGACAAUGAAACUAUAGUUAAACAUGGGCAGAUAUCCGAGUUAGCUUUAUCUGCCUAUAUCAUUCUUACUUGGAUUGCGAGCUGUAAAGACUGAUUUAAAGAGUCAGUAUUCAACCGUCCGUCGAAGUACCGAGCAAUUUGGGCGAGUUAUCAAUUUUAGAGUUGAAGAACCUUUGCCGCGAACUCAACUUUUCCUGCGCUGGCGGCCGACGAGUACUUACAACGCGUCUACAAAACGAAAGAGAACGUCUAAACACGAAUACGCCGCAAUCCAACAUUCAAACCGUUCCAGUAAACAACACGUUAUCUAAUUCCAACGCAAGGGAAAGCUUCAGCGCCGACCAACUGGCACAGAUCACGCAGAUUGUUUCGCAGUCGAUUUCGUCUUUCUUCGAAAGCCAACACGCCACAACAACCGCGACCCGUGUAGAUGAGCAGCCAACUAUCCCGCCACCGCCAACGCCACUCGAAAGGCUAGAACAGCUUGGUCAAUUUCCAUUUUUAAGUUCCAGCGAGCUCCAGCAGCAGCCGACUUCAUCCCAUGGACCUGUUGCCUCAAUCCAGCAAGCAGAUGGGGGAUUCACGCCAGAGAUUCCAAACAAAUACGUUCGUGACAUCGAAAGUGGUGAGUUUUUUGAGCUUGCUAAAUUAUUGCCAAAAAAUUUAAAUAAGUUAAAUGUUGGUUCCGAUUCUUCUGACAACGUGGGUUUCACAAUUUCCUCUACGGGAAUCUCAUUAACACCGCGCAAGCCUCAAGUGCUGACUAACAUUGAAGAGUGGACAACCGCUUUCAACACGUAUAUGUUAAUCAUAGUACAAAAAUUUCCAAAUCGUGCAUCAGAACUUUUACAGUACAUGGAAACCAUCCGUCAUACGGCAAAAACGCAUGGCGGUUUAGGCUGGUGCAUAUAUGAUCAUAAAUUUCGCUAUAAAGCCGCCGCGUGUCGAACAUUGUCGUGGGCCAACAUUGACAUGCAGUUAUGGUUGCGUAUUUUCACCGCUAGCUCUACUCAGUUGCGGGAAGAUUAUUCCCUUUUUUCUAACGGACCCUCAAACAAAGCUGGGGCAGCGAGGGACGGAAUUUGCCACAGCUACAACAGGGGUAGACCUUGCUCAUUACGACCCAAUUGCCCUUACACUCACCGAUGUAACCGAAUUGGCUGUGGGGGGAACCAUCCUGGGUACCAAUGUCCACAAUCGCGUGGGGAAAACGAUCACAACGACGAUCACCCUUCACAAUCCGCCCGUAGCUCCGCGAAGACCAACAGAAAAUAG